CGAGAAAGAGAGUGAGAAAGAGGAGAAUCAAGAGCAAGAGGGGGAGAGCGCAGACUGCCAGAGUCAUGUGCUGUCGUACUCUUCUUUUCCUCUGUAUAUUUAAACAUUUUCUUGUACUGGACAUUUUUUCCUGUUUGUGGCGGUGAUCAAAUGAGGACAAUGCACAUCCCUAGGUCUCGUGGGUGACUGGAGCUCUGGAUUUGUUCAUUCUUUAUAGCAUCCUGAAUGCAGCGUGUGCAUUGCAUUCCUCUCUCUGCAUGUGGUUUCUGUACCUGAGUCACGCGCCUUUGAGAUGGAGCCAUGAGAUUUCAAUGAAAGUGAAACAGGGGAAACAGCAUGGCAACCUGCUCAGACAAGACCACUGGUGAAAUCUUCUGAGGAUCCUCUUAGCAAAUUAACAACCGGCCUCUCCCCUCCGCCUCCAUCCGACAUGGAAACGGACCUUGGUUCUACUCUUUAAUGGACAGACUGAAACAAACCAUGGAAUUUAAGAGAAACCUCUGGACUGGUCUUAUCUACACCUAGUACUGUCUUACUAUUGAGAUGUCUUUGUGGCCUCUAGGUACACUGUGUGCCUAAGGUACAGUGGAGGACUUAGAGAAGCAUACUUUCUCUACCAUGAGAAUUCCUGCUACCACAGCCUGCCUCUGCCCUUUGCUGAUCUGCCUGUGCUUUAUCCAGAAGAGCUAUGGGACGUCCCAGCUCAGGCCCAACGUCAGAGCACAAAGUAACCAAACCAAAUACCCAGACGGAGAGAGAGACGUGCACCACCGGCCCAAGAGGGGCUGGAUAUGGAACCAGUUCUUCGUUUUAGAGGAACAUAUUGGACCGGAAGCACAGCAUGUUGGAAAGCUGCACUCCAACUCAGACAAAGGAGACGGCUCCGUCAGAUACUUGCUGACGGGAGAGGGCGCUGGCACUAUAUUUGUCAUCAAUGAGGUCACAGGGGACAUCCAUGCCAGCAAGAGCCUGGACCGGGAGAAGAAGGGACAUUAUGUCUUACAUGCCCAGGCCAUCGAUCGUUCGACCAAUAGAUCUCUAGAGCCUGAGUCCGAAUUCAUUAUCAAGGUCCAGGAUGUCAACGACAAUGCACCCAAGUUUCCAGAUGGCCCAUUUGCUGCUGCUGUUCCCGAGAUGGCCGAUGUUGGCACAUCAGUGUUUCAGCUCACAGCCACAGACGCAGACGACCCCACCUAUGGGAACAGUGCCAAGAUUGUGUAUAGCAUACUACAGGGACAGCCUUACUUCUCUGUAGAUCCCAAAACCGGUGUCAUCAGGACAGCCCUAUCCAACAUGGACAGAGAGGCCAGGGAACGGUACUCUGUGGUGGUCCAAGCCAAAGACAUGGCCGGCUCGGUGGGUGGGUUGUCAGGCUCCACCACCAUCAAUGUCACACUGACAGACGUCAAUGACAAUCCUCCUAAAUUCCCCCAGAAAAACUACCAGCUGUACGUUCCAGAGUCUGCUCAGAUUGGAAAAGCUGUGGGUAAAAUUAAAGCCAACGAUGAAGAUUUGGGCGUCAAUGCAGAGAUGAGGUACAGCAUAACCAAUGCAGAGGGGAAGGCCAUGUUCUCCAUCACUACAGACACUGACCAGAAGGAAGGCAUCAUAUCACUAAGACUGCCUUUGAACUAUGAGAAGAGGAAAGUCCACACGCUUCACAUAGAAGGACUGAACACACACCGGGACCCACGCUUCUCCCACCUGGGCGCCUUCAAAGACACCACCACCCUCCGGAUCAUCAUUGGAGACGUGGAUGAGCCGCCUGUCUUUUCCAUAGACUAUUACAUCAUGGAUGUAUACGAGAACUCCCCCGUGGGAACAGAGGUCGGCACUGUGACGGCUCAGGACCCUGACAGUACCAAAAGCCCUGUAAGGUAUUUUAUAGACCACAGUGAAGAGGAGCAGGUGUAUUUCACCAUUGGUUUGAAUAAUGGGGUGAUCAAAACCACCCGGAGUCUGGACAGAGAGGAUGUGGCCUGGCACAACAUCACUGUGAUGGCAUCAGAGGUUGACAAUCCGAGUCUCGUUAGCCAUGUUCCUAUAACAAUCCAGGUGUUGGAUGUAAAUGACAACGCUCCCUACAUAGCAAGAGAUGAUGAGAUCAUUGUGUGUGAAACCUCCAGGGCAGGACAGGUGAUCCAGACAGUGAGGCCAUCAGACAAGGACAACUUUGCAAAUGGACGAUUCUCGUUUGCCCUGCCAAUUGACCUUCCAGUCAAUCCUAAUUUCACCCUGAAGGAUAACGAAGACAACACUGCCAGCAUCAUGGCGCGGAGGCGUCAGUUCAGCCAAUCGGAGCAGGAUCUCUACCAACUUCCUGUGGUUGUGAAGGAUGGAGGAGAGCCUGUCCUCAGCAGCACCUCCACCCUGAACCUCCGGGUGUGUGUCUGCCAGAGAGGAGGAGGUGGCAGCAGCAGGGUGAAGGCCUGCCGAGUCCCGGCCUUCCUCUCCACAGCAGGCCUGAGCACCGGGGCCUUCAUCGCCAUUUUGCUCUGCAUCAUCAUCCUGCUGGCCAUCGUGGUGCUAUUUAUCAUCCUGCGGAGCAAAAAGGGCAAGAAGGAGCCGUUAAUCAUCUCUGAGGAGGACGUCCGGGAGAACGUGGUCACAUACGACGACGAGGGCGGGGGCGAGGAGGACACAGAGGCGUUUGACAUCGCAGCACUGCGGAACCCCGCCGGGGCGGAACGGAGGAGGCUGCGGCGGGAGGUAAGGCCGGGGACGGAGGGUUGGCUGGUGGCCUAUGUGCCCCAGAGCCCAUCCCUGGUUCUGCUGGAUACAGAGGAUAUGCACCAUGUCAUUAGACAGAAAGUGGUGGAAGCUGACAGGGACACCAGCGGGCCGCCCUAUGACUCCCUCCAGACUUACUCGUACGAGGGACGUGGCUCUCCCACGGGGUCGGUCAGCUCUCUGGGGCUGGCCCAGGUCGUGCCCCCUGAACUCAGCUACAGUGACCUGGAGGACUGGGAGCCGGAGGGUCACACACUGUCCAGACUGUUCGAGACAGAACUCUCUGAGACAGAACAGACCAUAGCCCUGUAAAACAUCUCUCCUCUUCAAUCCCGUUAAAGGUUAACCUAACAAUACAGAGCUAAUUGGAGUUAUACAACUUGUUUCAUUGUGGAAUUGACUGUAAUUUUACACUGGGCUCUGACAAGUGAAGUGGGGGAAAGUAUUAACAUUUUUGGAGAAAAACAAACCCCCAAAAUCCUGAAGUUGUUUAAAAAAGGAAACUAUUUUCCCUAGUGUAUAUUUUUAUUGAUAAAUAAAGGUCAAUGAUUCUG